ACAUCGCGACCGACCGACAACAACCCUCACAGGCCGCGAAGCCGGCGAUCCUACAGCUCCCAGGGCCCCCUUGGUCAGUGGCAGUAGGUGUCCCCCUGCCACCGGGGGGAGAAAUGACCCCAGCUGGCACUGGCUUGCCCGAGAGUAUGUCUGGUUCUUGAUUCCGUACAUGAUCUACGACUCCUACGCCAUGUACCUCUGUGAGUGGUACCGAACCAGAGACCGGAACCACAGACACUCGCUCACCACUUUUCGGAACUUCCUGAGUAAAAACCGCCUCAUGAUCGCGCACCACGCGGUCAUUCUGUUUGCCCUUGUGCCAGUUGCCCAGAGGCUCAGGGGAGACCUUGGGGACUUCUUUGUUGGCUGCAUCUUCAUGGCAGAACUGAGCACUCCGUUUGUGUCCCUGGGCCGAGUUCUGAUUCAGCUGAAGCAGCAGCAUACCCUCCUGUUCAAAGCUAACGGAAUCCUCACGCUGACCACCUUCCUUUCCUGUCGGAUCCUUCUUUUCCCUUUCAUGUACUGGUCGUACGGCCAGCAGCAGGGACUAAGCCUACUCCAAGUGCCGUCCAGUAUCCCUUUCUACUGCAAUGUGGCCAAUGCCUUCCUCAUCGCUCCCCAGAUCUACUGGUUCUCUCUGCUGUGCAAGAAGGCAUCCCGGCUCUUUGACCCCCCCCCAGACAAAAAGGACAGCUAGGUGCUCCCGGGAGUCAGGCAGUGAGGGUGCCUCCUCCGCUCAGUAUUCCCACGGACCAAAUUGUGCCCUGGGUGGCUUCAGCCCUUUGGGUAUUGAUAAGCAGAUGGGUUUGAGUUUUUCUAAAGAAUCUUCGUCUGACCUCCCUCUUCUAACCUGCCCCUUUUGCAAAAGCACUUUUUUUCUAAGUAACAGCGAUUGGAUCCUGUCAGACCUCCACUGGCAGCAAGGUGGUUUUAACGCAAGCCCCAGGAUCCUUCCUUGAGUCUUACCUCAAGGAUUCUGGGAUAAAUCCAGUUAUGAACAUGUUCCUCCCAGCUUGCUUGCUUUGUGUACCUCAAAGAAGCAUGGGGUGUGGAGACAGGUGGACUAGGGUGAAGUGUCUGGGCACCCGCCUGGCCCGAAUAUGGGCGGCUACCCACCUUUCCGACCACUCAGGGCAGUAUCUACACUUACUGGGCCAGCAGCAGCAAGUGAUGAACUUGGUUCUUGAAAUACGUUCUUGUGAUGUUGGCCUGGGUAAAUCAUUGUGGGUAGGUAGUUUUUUACUGUUUACUAGAUAACCCAUUGGUCCUGUGCCUCAUCCUGUCAUCCGCGUGCCAACACUGAAUUCCCAUGACUCCUGACUUCCGUUCAGAAGUCUCCCCGGCAGGGGGGUGAGAGGCAGGGAGGGGAUCCUGAAGCACUUGAGUAGUUAGGGAGGCCCACAGGUCAGCGCAUUGCAGGCUGACUUGGGAAGACCAGUGUCGAACUUGUGAGCUUGUCGUAAACUCACAAAUACUAUUCCUUUCUUAGCAUGUCCCCUCAAACCCAGCUUUCCCCAUGUCCACACGCACAGGAUGCUGUUGUUAAAACUGCAGGGGUAAAGCGACAUGGUGCCUAUUGAGCUCUUUCCUGGGGAACCCCACUCUUUGACAUUGUCCUUUUCAUAGGACGUGGAAACGGGCUUCUGUAUUUCAGACCGUGAGAGGUCUCAUCCGGGCUGCCUCCCGGUAAGCCAGGGCUUGUUCCAAAGCCUGUUCCCACGGGAGCGGACUGCCGCUUUGCCGCAGAAGGCUGGAGAACAAGAGUGCACGAUAGCCCUGGCCAAAAUCCGUCCCGUGGACUGACUCAGCUACCGUUUGCAAAUAGGAUCCUCUGGUGCCAACACUAAUUCUUCCCUACCCACUAGGAUGGGUUUUAGAAACUGCUACCAUGAAGUUUUUUUUCAAAUGGUAGUAAAAAUCUAGAAGUUUUAAAGUGCCUUUUAAUUCUUUGUUGUCCAUGAACUUGUAAAGUACUCAAUAUGUAACAGUGUCUCAAAUUCUAUUUCAGUCUUUAAUGGGUGCCAUUUAAAAAAUGUCAAAUGCUGUAAUUUUUUUUUUUUACCGUUUUUGUUUACUGUCAGUAUAUCUUUAUAAAUCACCCCCGUGGUGAUUAAAGUGCACUAAUAUUUCCCAGCUUCUUCUCAUUUGUGAAAUACAUCAAUACCAACUUCUUUUCA